AUGAGCGAGAGGAGCGAGAAGAGAGAGGAGCGAGAGAAGCGAGAAGAGAGAGGUGCGAGAAAAGAGAGGAGCGAGAAGGGAGAGGAGCGAGAAGAGAGGAGAGAGAGGAGCGAGAAGAGUGAGGUGCAAGAUGAGCGAGAACAGAGAGGAGCGAGAGGAGGGAGAAGAGAGAUGAGCGAGAGGAGCGGAAAGAGAGAGGAGCGAGAAGAGAGAGGUGCGAGAAAACAGAGGAGCGAGAAGAGAGAGGAGCGAGAGGAUCGAGAAAAGAGAUGUGAGAGAAAAGAGAGGGGCGAAAAAAGAGAGGAGCGAGAAAUGAGAGGAGAGAGAGGUGCGAGAAAAGAGAGGAGUGAGAAAAGAGAGGAGCGAGAGGAGCGAGAAAAGAGAGGUGUGAGAGGAGUGAGAAAAGAGAGGAGCGAGAAAAGAGAGGUGCGAGAGGAGCGAGAAGAGAGAGGAGCGAGAAGAGAGAGGAGCGAGAAGAGAGGACAGAGAGGAGCGAGAAAAGAGAAGCGCGAGAACAGAGAAGAGCGAGAGGAGCGAGAAAAUAGAGGAGAGAGAGGAGUGAUAAAAGAGCAGAGAGAGGAGCGAGAAAAGGGAGGAGCGAGAAGAGAAAAGGGCGAGAAGAGAGGAGAGAGAGGAGCGAGAAGACAGAGAGAGAUGAGCGAGAGGAGCGAGAAGAGGGAGGAGCGAGAAGAGAGGAGAGAGAGGAGCGAGAAGAGAGAGGUGCGAGAGGAGCAAGAAGAGAGAGGUGCGAGAGGAGCGAGAAGAGAGAGGCGUGAGAGGAGCGAGAAGAGAGAUGAGCGAGAGGAGCGAGAAGAGAGAGGUGCGAGAGGAGAGAGGAGCGAGAAGAGAGUGGAGCGUGAAGAGAGAGGAGCGAGAAGACAGAGGGGCGAGAAAAGAGAGGAGCGAGAAAAGAGAGGAGAGAGAGGAGCGAGUAGAGAGAGGAGCGAGAAGAAAGAAGGGCGAGAAGAGAGAGGUGCGAGAGCAGCGAGAGGAGCGAGAAGAGAGAGGCGCGAGAAGAGAGGAGAGAGAGGAGCGAGAAAAGAGAGGAUCGAGAAAAGAGAGGAGCGAGAGGACCGAGAGGAGCGAGAAAAGAGAGGAGCGAGGAGCGAGAAGAGAGAGGCGCGAGAAAAGAGAGGAGCGAGAAAACAGAGGAGAAGAGAGAGGAGAGGAGAGAGGAGCGAGAAAAGAGAGGGGCGAGAAAAGAGAGGAGAGAGAAGGGCGAGAAGAGAGAGGUGCGAGACGAGAGAGGAGCGAGAAGAGAGGAGAGAGAUGAGCGAGAAGAGAGAGGAGCGAGAGGAGCAAGAAAAGGGAGGAGCGAGAGGAGCGAGAAAAGAGAGGAGCGAGAAAAGAGAGGAGCGAGAAAAGAGAGGAGCGAGAAAAGGGAGGAUCGAAAAAAGGGAGGGCGAGAAGAGCGAGAAAAGAGAGGAGCGAGAAGAGAGAGGAGAGAAAAGAGAGAGGCGCGAGAGGAGUGAGAAGAGAGAAGAGCAAAAAGAGAGAGGAGCAAGUAUAGGGAGGAGCGAGAGGAGCGAGAAAAGAGAGGAGCGGGAGGAGCGAGAAAAGAGGAACGAGAAAAGAGAGGAGUGA